GCUCACGGAGGCGCGUCACGGAAGCCCCUCAGAACUCGCUGCGACUAGAUAACGCUCCCUACUCGGUUAACUACCGUGUUUCCAACAGGAUAUCUACCUGGACCGCUCUCUAGACAUCCCCAAAAAUUGCACUGUUAAUCCGGGUCCCACCUCCUUCACGACGCUUCCUGGGACAAGGCCCAACCCCCUUCACGCUGUCACGUCACUUCCGCCGCCGACUCGCAGCCUGCAAAGAUGUCGGAAGACUCUGAAGCGGUGUUGCAGCUCCCCGCGGCUCCGGCCGCAGCCGGCGGCGAGAGCCUUCCGGAACUCUCCCCGGAAACAGCCACCCCAGAGCCCCCGUCCUCGACUGCAGUUUCGCCCGGUACCGAGGAACCUCCCGGAGACACCAAGAAAAAAAUUGACAUCCUGCUGAAGGCUGUAGGAGACACUCCUAUAAUGAAAACAAAGAAAUGGGCUGUGGAGCGAACCCGGACCAUCCAAGGACUCAUUGACUUCAUCAAAAAGUUCCUUAAACUGGUGGCCUCAGAACAGUUGUUUAUUUAUGUGAAUCAGUCCUUUGCCCCUUCCCCAGACCAAGAAGUUGGAACUCUAUAUGAGUGUUUUGGCAGUGAUGGUAAACUGGUCCUGCAUUACUGCAAAUCACAGGCAUGGGGAUGAGCCACAAAUGAACAACUUGAUAGUUUCACAGAAGAAAAAAAUUCAAGAGACGUUUCAGUGCUGUGGGAAGAGACUUACUAUCAAAUAUUCAGCAUGAAUCUGUUAUGACUUGUGUUUAUGUGUAAGAAAACAUCAUAGAGUAAAUAGACUAAAGAAUGAGAUUUAUGUCACCAUAAAAUCAUCAUGAGAGAUUGCCAUUAGAGUGUGACAUUACUCCCACACACUCCUGUUCUAGGGUUAGAAAGGAGACUGGAAUUGUAUAUGGAUUGCAGGUCUCAGGAUGACUGAAGUUAUUUACUUGUGGGAUUGGCACUAUGUUGAUUCCACGAUAAAAACUAAUUUACUGAUGGGUUUGUGUUUUGAGGUAAUUUUAGUUUUUUAGCUUAUUCAGGGGACCUCUGUUUGGGAUAUAGAAUGUUUACAUUUAUCCGUGUUGUUAAAAACAAAGUGCACUGAUCUAAGUUGUCCUGUAGAGGGCAGGCAGUUGGCAAAAAGGCUUGACAGUUUUCACAGCUUUGCCAGGUGAUUGGGGGAAAGACUGUUGAACCUAAUUUCUAGUUAAUGUGUAAUCCGGAAAGCAGCUGUGUUGACACACUGGAGGAUGUGCAUAGUUUAAAAUUAAUCAUACAGGGACACAGCUUUACAAAUCGUGAGCAGAUGAGUCUCAACUCUUCAGUCCUGUCAUGUCUGGUUCUUGAGCCUUGUCCUGGGCAUUGUGAUCCACACCUACAGUCUCAGCGCUCAGGAAAGAGUGGAGUCCACAACGAGACUGGACUGCAAAAGAACCUGUCCCAAAAAGAUUCUAGAGCCCUACCCAGUGUGGGGACCAAGCAGCACCAACUUACCUAUCUCCUCUCAAACCUCACUUCUCAUCUCUGUGUGGUUUUAGUGUGUAUUUUUUUGCAGGCCUGUAGAUCAUUCCCCUUGCCUUGUACACUCAAGGCAUGGGCUUUGCUGAGCUGCAUCUCUCCAGCAUUCAUUGAGUGUUCAUAAUUUAUUUCCCAAAUUGAAAGUAUUCAGAGCUAAUGGUUGAAAACAAGUAUCCAAUUUUAUGUGUAUUCCGUGCCAUCACAAAAAAGAGUGCAACUGUCACUGGUGAUGUUUGCCUGGCCAUUGCUUGAACUAACGUUUGACCUUUUUCUUACAUAUUUUAUCUCAAACUUUUUUUUGAGACUGGGUCUCACUGUGUAGAUCUGCCUAGUGUGGGACUCCCAGAGAUCAGGGUGUCUGCUAUGCCUGCAAAGUGCUGAGACUGAAGGGAUAGGCCACUUCACCCAGCUCCACAGCACUCCUAAAUCCCAACCAGAAGCACACAUGGCAGCAUACCUAGCAUUGAGGAAGUGAGGACAAGAAGAUUGAAAGUUUAAGACUCUGGGCUACAGAGUAAGAUUGUCUCACCUCUGGGGGAAAAAUUACAGUAAAUGGCAUGUCUAAAGAGGAUUACGGGGUUUGAAGUAUGUAAGGAUCCCAAGUGUUUACUUUCAAAGGUGAGGAUAGAAGUGUAUUUUGUAUCAAAAGAAAAACCUUGAAGACUUGAAACGCUGCCCUGUUGUUGUUUGAGAUUGGCUGUGUCACUCAGGCUGACCUGCCUCAGGCUCCCGACUUGCAGUUGUGCACCACUGCAUCUGGCUCCUUUUAACUCUUUAGCCUAGAGUGUGCUUUAGAGUAGUCCCAGCCAUGUGAGCCAUGGAAGAUGCUGUGGAACAACAUGGUGCAGUGCUGGCCACUUGUUGUCUUCUGUGCAAGAGUGUGAAUUGUGGACAUGCCCUUUCCCAGCACACCUUACAGUGAGGUCAUGCAGGGAGCAGUCACAGAGCACUAUGGACAGUGGCUUAUGCACAGUACAGCCUUAGGAAAACACCUUACAUCUUGAAAGCUGGGCCGUAUUAUUUUUGUACAAUGUCAGUGGGAAAGGGAAAAGAUUUGUUCUAGCUUUUCCUGGUAGUUGGUGACUGAAAGAACAUAGUAGUAAAUAUUUACAGGAGAAGUGUAUUGAAUUUAUUGUUGGCUGGUAUUCAUUCGAGAUGACAGAAUGCUUAUUACCUCUAUGAAAUAAAAAAUAAACUUGAAUUUGAAACAUU